GUCUUGUUGAACAAUUGACCAAAUCGAUCGCCUACCGCCCAUAGACCUAAAAGACUGGACUUGUGCACGCGGAUUUCCCUCUGGUGGUGUAUGGCUUUGGUAUACUUUGGAAGCAUCUCCUUUCGUAUUUGCAAGCCUUUUGCAAUCAUCUCUACUCUACCAUACAAAGUAAUGCGAUUGUAGCUGGCAACAUCGUUAUACACAACGUGGAGAACAACGACAGCUCACACUAUGGAUCAAGAAAGUCAGGAUUCUCCGUCGGGACCGUGCGUGGACCGCGCAACACUUGUGUCUGAGGACGGGAAGAACAUCAAAUCGGUAUUGUGCCAACGAUGCGGUUCAAAAGUGCUGUGCCCAGGAUCUGCACAGUUCGCAGAGAAGGAGCUAUUUCUCCCCUCCAUGCGGAAGAAGACCAGUAUUACCCAGUCAGAGGGCUCAGUGGACGGGGACACGCUGACAGCUCAUUGGGUGGUCGAUGACAUGUACACCUUCGAGAACGUAGGCUUCACCAAGGACGUGGGGAGAAUAAAGUACCUCAUUUGUGCAGACUGUGAAAUCGGACCCAUCGGCUGGCACUGUUUAGAUGACAAGAAGAGCUUCUAUGUGGCCCUGGAGAGGGUGAACCAUGCCUGAGGUGGGGGUUGGACCCCCCCCGGUGGGGUGUCGCCAUUUCUUUGGGACCUAGAGAUGGAGCCUUUGCCCAGUCAGCAGCCCAGCUCAGGAUGUAUGUGUCUGCCCUGGCUGCAUCCACACGGUGCUUCGUCUCUCUAUGAGCAGCUGGCUGGCUUUGUAAUACUGUAAUGUUGUCAUACAUAUCGAUUAUUAAUCUGCAUUCCCAGCCAGCUGUGUGCAAGUGCUGAUGUGUUUCUUCUGUCUUUUUCUCAAUUUUAAUCUCUAAGGACGUUUCCAUGGUCCUGUUUUGGUUAUGUGGUGUCGUUUGUAUCAGCAGUUGCCUCAUAAGAUGAAAAUGUGAUGCCGUUGGGUUGAGGUUUAAUGACCCUGUGAUCUCACCUGGAGAAACGUAUAAUAUAUAACCCUGUUACUCAUCCAGUCAGUCAUUAACCUUGACCCUCUAUGGCAUUUACAGUGGCAGAAGGAUCUCAUUUUGUCAGUUACUGGCUGCCAAUCUUUUCCUUUAGUCAGACUCACUUAACAUAAAUCUAUAACGCACUUUCCAUAACUUUUAACUCCUUGAAAUAAAAGAUGUGCUUAAAAUGCAUAGUGGUCCCUGGGUGGUGUGGAAUUCUACAUGCAUGGGUAACUACACGUUGGUAAAGGAGUGGAUCAAGAGUGCUAACAUGCACAUACCACAGGUGUUUGCUUAUUUAGUCCAAUCAAUAGACGACAUGGCGCUCGCCUCUCGACAACCGAACGGAUCUUUAGACUGCUGGACACGGUGAAGGGCUAUAGAGGGCAAGCUAGGGCAGAGCAGUGAAACGCCAAAGCAAGU